GGAAUGUCCAAAAGGAAGUACGCACAUAAAUGAUGUCAACCGGAUGGUUUACUGCUUUAACGCAUUUAUUGUUUUACUUGAAUUUGUGGAGAUACACAUUGUUACAGGCUUUAGUUGAUAUGGCAGGAAACAACAGGCCAUUUUCCGAGUGGGUUCAGUUGGAAAACUUCAAUUGCCCAGCUGCUAGGUGCCCCUCUAAAAAGCCAUUCACCUGGGUGUGUGCAAGGGAUGGAAACUACACCUACAUGAAUGCACUGGGGAGAAUGAAAUGCUCAACAAAUGCUCACAACGGUAACAUUAUUUCCUGGACCUGGAACUGUGGAGACGAUUUCCAUAAUGGGGAGUAUCUCGCUGCGGACCUUGAGGGUUUCACAUUCGCCCUCUCUCAAGCGGUGCAACUCAUGGGCAAGAUGGGAAGCGCCUGGGUGGCCAACCUGAUAACAGAGCUGGGCAAGCAAUAUGGGCACUAACAGUAGCAAUAUUCAGAAUUAUUUGGAACACAUGCCCGUGUGAUGGACGGAACAUACACAAUAUAUGCGUUAUGAAAUCAAGAUAUACUUAAAUGUUGUGCGCUAUCAUUUGUUUUACAUUCUGUUGUAUUAUAUAUCCUAUCUUUAUGUUAUCCUUUAAUGUUUUUCACUAAAUUUUUGUGUUCACUGUUUAAUUCACUUAGACAUCGGUUGAAUCAUCUACACUCAAUAUGAUAUGAUUUUUUUCUAGUUCAGGUAUAUACCUACGGUAUUAAAACAAAAAGGUGUUCCAUGAUAAUGCAUGAUAUCAAGAGAGACAAUUAGUUCAGGAACAAACACUUAAUUAGAAUUUCGAUCUUCAAUGCGUGAUUGGUUCACUUAUAGUUCGUUUUGUAUCAGUGAGUGCAUAAUCAUAUAUAGUCUCCUGUAACUCAAAUAGAGUGGUUUUGUACAUGUUAUUGUAUAUAUUUCAACUUGCUAUUCUUUCAUUCUAUUAUAUUAACUGACUCAUGUUUUUAUCAUAUGAACAAUUGCAUGUACAGAAAUGAGAGUUAAAUAGUAUGUCUGUCUGUGUCUGUGUGUGUCCUGUCUGUCUGUCUGUCUGUGUGUCUGUCUGCGUGUGUGUCUUUCUGUCUCUGUGUCUGUCUGUCUGUCUGUCUGUCUGUCUGUCUGUCUGUCUGUCUGUCUUUCUGUCUGUCUGUCUGUCUGUCUGUCUGUCUGUCUGUCUGUCUGUCUGUCUGUCUGUCUGUCUGUCUGUCUGUCUGUCUGUCUGUCUGUAUAGAUUUGUACAAGUUGGGUGUUUCUUAUGCACGAUCUUUGGAGAAAACAAUUUAAGGGUUAGUUUUUUUGGGAAUUCAUUUUUGUUUUAGAGUCUAGCAUGCUCCAUAUUGCUAUGUCACAUGUUAAUAUACUUGGUUUAUGCUGUAAAUAGAUUAAUUUAAAACUGUUCAAUUUUUUAUCAUAGCACCAUUAUUCGUAGUUAUCUUAUUAAAUAUAUGUUGUAUAAACGUUA